UAACAUGUUGUGCAAAGUCGUUAGAUGAGCCAGAGGUGUUGAUACUCACUUACUUUUUGCCUCAAUCAACAAAAUUGAUUGAGGCAAAUGUUAAAUGUGUUAAAAAAAGAGGUCAUGUCAUUGUUGGAAUUUCGCAUUUUUGAUAAGACACACCCAAGUAUUUCUUAUAAGUGGCCUUACAUACCUCACUCUCAUUCAUACUUAGUCAGCAUUUGGCCUUGAUCCUUCUUUCCUGUCAGUUCAAGCGAGUGCAUGGAUGUUUCUAGGCACAGUGGCGUACUUCCUUGCCUUAUCAAAGGAUUGCACUUGAUUGCGAUAAGAGCCUUGGGAGGUUUAAGUUGGGUUGGCCAUCCUCAGCAACCUCAGUGUUGCGUGGGACCUCAUUUUUUUAUUUUAGUUGGGCAAUCACACACAGUAUUUAAUCUGAAUGAUUUCCCUUUUUUGAAGCAGUAUCAAUGAUUACAGGAUACCACCCAUUCUAUCACGCUUUCCCUGUACUUUGGUUGUAAUGCUGCUGGAUUUAACUUGUGGAUUUGUUGCACUUGUCCAUGGCACUAAAGUACCUUUCAGAGAAACAUCAUGUGUAGUUUUUAGGUGUAUAAUCCUAUUAGAGCUCAAGGUUUAUGAUCAAAGGCUAAAUCAUGCUCAACUUAUUAUCAUUAUUAAGUCAUGAUAAGUCGUGUUUGUCAUAGGUUUGAAGGUUUUCCAAAAGGGAAAUUACUUCAAUUUGGAAUUGAACCAAAAUUAUGUAGCCUUCCUUGGUCACCUGAUGUUUGGACUAAUACUGGAAAAACCACCAUUCUCUUCUUUCUGCUCAGCCUGUAGGAAGGAGCAAAAAAAGUGAAUUCAAGUUGUCCCAAGGUUCUGUUCACGGACUGAAACAUUCUUGAAUGGAACAAACCAUUGAAAUGUGUUGAAAUUGAAUCAAUCCAUUCCAGCCCCAUUGUGAAGUGAUGUUCAAAUGGUUUUAGCUAUGCGCCGUUAGAUACAGUAACUACAUAGUUCUCUAGACAAAAAGUAAGUAAGUUUCUUUCGGCUUGUCCCUUUCGGGAAGGCCAUCUGCCAGGUGCGCUCUGAACACACAGUGUCCAGUUUUUUCUGUCUGGUUGAAUCUUUCCACAGCACCACUGGACUGUGGGUGAUACAAGCAACUAUUGUACCUCCAAGAUGCGAAGUCCGCCCGGAUGAACUGAGCUCUGUUAUUGUUCAUGAUAACGUCAAGCGCAGCUCAGCGUGCAAACAGCGAAGACAGGAUUUUGGUCCUGACAGAUCUGGCAGGCAGAACCUCGGGCCAGGUCGUAUGCUACCAGGAGAAAUCACGGUGCUCAUCACAGAUGUCAACCAUGAUGUGGGUCCGCACGGUGGAUGGUCAUGGCAGGGGUUCUGGAGGAGGAGGUGGACUUGGCUGGCCUUUGCGCUGGUGACCAGAGCUAGGGCCCCUCUGUUGGUUUCAGAGAUGAAAUGUGACCCUUGAGCACAAAAGUCGAAAAGUUUGCCCAGCCAGUUGUCCACAGCAGUAACGACACUGCUGUCACCGGCCGAUCGUGUGCGGCUGUAACUCCACGACACUGCCUCUCGCUUAUUCGUCGCGGCUCCAAGUCUUCGUCCAAUCAGCAGCAGGAUGCUCCGAAGCCCCGCCCCUCGGCACUGGCUAUUUAUAACACUGCCCAAGCCUCGGGAUUCCUGACAGUUGCGACUCGAUGCCCAAAAAUCUCGGCCUUAACGGUUGCAGCGUCACCCGCGGAUGCUGAAACACCCGAAGGACACGUUUUCACCUCACUCCCACAAAUUCCUCUUUGGACUUGAAUUCACAAGUUGACGCGCAAACAAUGGCGCAAGAGACUAUGGUCACAGAUGGUGAUGAGGCAGCCAAAGUCGCGCAGGUCCCGACCGGCGUGGAGAAGAAAGAGAACGGGGACAGCCAGAUGGGAAGCGCGGAGUCCACGUUCGAACACCCGGAGGGCGGCUGGGGCUGGGUCGUCAUGCUGGCUUCCAUGUGGUGCAACGGCUCGGUGUUCGGUAUCCAGAACGCCUUCGGGAUCCUUUUUCUGUCCCUGCUGCGGGAGUUCGGUUCCGAGCACGACGACGACCUCCGCUUCAGGACAGCGUGGGUGGGGUCCCUCUCCAUGGGGAUGAUCUUCUUCUGCUCUCCCAUCGUAAGCGUCUUCACAGAUAUUCUCGGAUGCAGAGUUACAGCUGUGGGUGGAGCUGCCGUCGGCUUGGUUGGCCUCAUCGCCAGCUCUUUUGUCACGUCUCUAGGCCCCAUGUAUUUCACCUAUGGCAUUGUGUUUUCCUGCGGCUGCUCCUUUGCCUACCAGCCCAGCCUGGUCAUCUUGGGCCACUACUUUAAGAAGCGACUCGGAUUGGUGAAUGGUAUCGUGACUGCUGGCAGCAGCUUGUUCACCGUCACACUUCCCUUCUUGCUGUCCAGCCUGCUGGACAGACUGGGCCUGCAGAACACCAUGCGUGUCCUCUGCAUCUUCAUGUUUGUGCUCAUGUUGGCCGGCUUCACCUACAAGCCUCUGCUGCCACGCAAACCCAGGAGCACACGUGGUUGUCCGCCCAUUACCCAGAUCUUCAGCGUCACCAUUUGGAAAUCCGUGGGAUAUCGCAUAUGGGCUUUCGGCAUCCCAGCAGCCCUUUAUGGCUACUUUGUGCCUUACGUUCAUCUGAUGAAGCAUGUGCAGGAGCGCUUUGGGGAGGAUUCAAAUAAAGAAAUUCUGCUCAUGUGCAUUGGCAUCACGUCCAGUAUUGGGCGACUCAUUUUUGGAAGAGUUGCUGACUACAUCCACGGGGUCAACAAAGUCUACCUGCAGGUGACUUCCUUCUUCGUUAUUGGCUUCAUGUCAAUGAUGAUCCCGCUUUGCAACCUCUUUGGCGGACUGAUCGCAGUGUGCCUCCUCAUGGGGAUCUUUGACGGCUGCUUCAUUUGUAUCAUGGCCCCCAUCGCCUAUGAGCUGGUCGGAGCCGAGGAUGUGUCCCAGGCCAUCGGCUUUCUCCUGGGCCUGAUGUCCGUGCCCAUGACUGUGGGACCUCCAAUCGCAGGCUUCCUCAGGGAUCGACUGGGAAACUACGACUUGGCUUUCUACCUGGCAGGCAUCCCCCCACUGAUCGGAGGGGCUAUACUGUGCCUGAUCCCCUGGGUGGAGGCGAGGAGCAAGAAAGCGAAAGCGGAGGCGCUCAUGGAUGUCAAUCAAAAGAUGUUAGAGCACGACAAACCUCAGGAGGAUGCACCGUUCAAAGCUGGAGAGUCUAUCCUCUAAUCCCCGCACCAAACUGUAACACGACAAGGUCUGACUAAGACUGGUCGUGUGUGAUGAGUACGGAUCUUAAUGAGUGCCUUGAAUAGUGGGUCUGCAAAUGCCAAAAUGAGGAAACAGUAAGAGGUUGAUGUACUUUAACUUAUUCACUGCCAGCCUUCCCAGCUAACAUGGAUAUUUGACUUCUAAAAUAGUCCGUGGCAGCGAUUAAUUGAACAUAUGAUCACAAGGAACUAUGCAAUGAAAUGUGAAGUCUUAAAAUCUGGAAAAAACAUUUUGUCCACAAGGGAAUCUAAAAAGGAAGCAGUGUGACGAUUUAACCAUCCAUUUCCCACUCUUGUUGAAGAAAGAUGACGCACUAAAGGGAAAUCCUUGUUUCAACACUAUUUUUGGACAGUAAUACAAAAGUACAUUUAGGAUUUUAUGAUAUAGGAAAGCAGUGGUCCGCGAGAAACUUGUUUGCCUUACAUUUGCUAUAGUGAUGCCCUCAAAUAAGAUUCAUCAACUGAGGGUUCAACUAAAACUUCAAUGGGGAUUCCUGUUUGUAAACCAAAUUUUAAAUUUUGCUUGUAUGUGAAUAUCUUUCUCCUAACUUAAUCUGACACGGAUUUAUGACAAGACUCAAAAAGCAGAAAUUUGUCCUUUAUUUUUGGGGUCUGACCUCAAUUUGGGAAACCUUGCUCUUGUUAGGCUUGUUAAUUGUGAGAGAGUUGCUCUUCAAAAGCACUCUUCAACAAGCUUUUAUAUACAACAACAUAUUUACUAUUUAACACCGUUUACCAUUGGGAAAUGCUUUAGUGGUGGUAGUAGUAGUAGCAGCAGCCGUUGUAGGACGACAAGCCUAUUGACAGUUGAAUGUCCUUAAGCUGCACAUAUUGCUCAGUGAGUAUAGAAUGUGAUUCAUAAAUUCCUCAAAGAUUGUACAGGUUGUAACAAGGUCCAGGUUUUUAACAACCAGGUGAAUAACCUCACAAAAGGAUCACUUCACCAAAAGUAGUAUUUUUAACCUGAGGCAAGAAAACAAAUAGAAGAUAUGUUUGACUAAUUAUUGACUAAAGGGCACAUUCUCCCAUGUGCGUAUGAGGGGAAAAGGCAAAAACAGACCUUCAACUCCUGCCAAAGAUUUUCUAUGGGGUUGAGAUCUGGAGACUGGCUAGGGCACUCCAGGACCUUGAAAUGGUUCUUAUGGAGCCAGUCCUUUGUUGCCCGGGUGGUUUGGGAUUAUUGUCAUGUUGAAAGACCCAGCCAUGUUUCCUCUUCAAUGCCCUUGCUGAUGGCAGAAUGUUUUCACUCAAAAUCUCAUGAUACAUGGUGCCAUUCAUGCUUUCAUUACACGGAUGAGUCGUUCUGGCCCCUUUGCAGCAAAACAGCCACAAUCCUUCAUAGUAGGUAUCGUGUUUUUUGAUUACAAAUCAGCAUUAUUUCUCCUCCAAACAUGACAAGGUGAGUUUUUACUAAAAAGAUGUACAAAGGGACCGCUACUUACAAACAUCUCUAAAGGCCAUCCAUUUUCAGAGCCACGUAUCCUCACGAGUUUCACAAGAGUGGUUUCUUACUUUGGUCCCAGCUCUCUCUCUCUCUCAGUCCUUGCAGUCCUGGCAUUUUUGCUGUGACCGCUCUUGUGAUCUUGUUGACCCCACACAGUAAAAUCUUCCAUGGAUCCCCAGAUCAAGGGUGAUUAUCCGUGGUCUUCUACAUCUUACAUUUUCUGAAUAGUGCGCCCACAGUUCCUGAGCUAGUGCAGAUUCAGUCUUCCCAGCCUGGUGCAGGUCUACAAAAUUUUGUCUGGUGUCCUUCCACAGCUCUUUGGUCUUGGCCAUAGUGGAGUUGGGAGUGUAACUGUCUGGGGUUGUGGACAGGUGUCUUUUAACCUGAUAACAAGUUCAAACAGGUGCCAAUAACACGGAUAAUGAGUGGAGGACAGAAGAGCCUCUUGAAAAAUAAGUUACAGGUCUGUGAGAGCCACAUAUCUUUUGCGUCUUUGUAGGUGACCAAAUUCUUGUUUGCCUCUGAGGUGAGGUACACCUAUGAUGAAAAUUAAAUUUACAUGAUUUACUUCAUACAGAAUAAAAAACAUGCUCUCCUUCAAAGUGUAAAAGUGUGAAUGUAGCCAGAGCGGUCUAGGUGUCCUGAGGGCUACUACUGCUUACACAUGGUAUUUUUAAUUUGAAUUGUGCUCUUUUUUUUACAGAUUUUGAUGACUUGUACAAGUUUUAAAAAUCCAUGUUCAGUCAUUUCUCUUUUCAGUGAAUCGGGCUUCUUUGGUGUGUCCAAGUACAUUGAUAUGGGCGUGUCAGUCUGGACGGAAGAACAUGCAUCAAUGAAAAGUGUGUAAAUUCACAUAUUUCAUAAAGGACUUCAGCGCAGAUGGGAGGAUAUGCUUCUUAGUGACCUAAAUAUUUUUAGGUCAACUCAAUCUCAAUCUGUAGUUUACAAUACAGUCAGUCAUGAGUCUUGUUUUUAUUUAUUUCAUGUUUUUGUGCUAAAUGUCAUGCUGUACAGUUGGGCUGAUUUACUAGAGACUGUGGUUUAAUAAGUGAACAUAAUCUUAAUGACUACAUGAAAUACUAAACAAGGAAUUAUUAGAAUCAUUGUUAUUUUGUGUUGUUAUUCUUUUGCUUCACAGAUCUGUGACACACAUUACCUCAGAUGCGAAAAAGUAGAGCUGGAUAUGUUGACAUGGCUGUCUGUAAAUCAGAGGCAUUUUUCAGUGUCUGCAGGACAUGCCACGAGAAACCACUCAGUCUUAGAAUUAAAUCCAACGGAUUGUCUGAAAUCUUACAUUGUAGUGUUAACAUAUUCUGAACAUUGUUGUGUCAUACCUUUGUAUGAUGUACCUCUCUAUUCAGGUUAGGAAUUUCCUUUGUGUGCAUGACUUUUAUGAUACUUUUUCAGACCAGACAACUUGCUGAAUGUGUGCAAUCACUUUGCCAUUCUCAUUUACACAUAGCACAAUUAUUAUUUUUCCAAACAUUGUCAUAGGAUCUGCGCCACCCAAAGAGAAUACAUGAGUGUGAAAUGCAUAUAUAUUUUUUUUGAUUUUCUCUGAAGAUGUUAUUUACAAAGUGCCUUAUAAACAUGCCUUAACUUUUCAUGUAACAUUUUUGUUUUCGAGGUGUCCUGAGACAGGUUACCCUUACCUCCUCCUUGAUUGGAAACAUUUGUGAUUUCAUUGCUUAUAUGUUUUUUUUUCUCUUUGUAUCCUAAUCUAGCCACGGUCAUCAAUGCAUGGGUGCAUUUUGGCCUUGCUUGGAGUACAGAUAUGAAGGCCAGCAAAUCUUAUUCCUACUUUCUUUAUCAACUCCUCCCAAAAAUGCUUGCACUUGACUUAUUAUUUGCUUUUUGCUAGGUUAUGUCAGUCCAAAUUCCAAAUGUUAUUGUAUUAUCUGUCAGAAGACAGUCUCAACUUCAAUCAAUUUUAUGACAUUUGUCAUCUCCCGCCGUGCAAUUAAAAUCAAUAAAUAAUGGAAAACCACUUUCUGUGACUUUUUAUUU